AUGAUCGGAUGUGAUGAUUUAAUUCGUGACUACUGGUUACGUGAAAGAAGUAUUAAUCCAUUAGCUUCACCAUCAGGCUCCUCAAAUUAUUUGGUAGGUUCUGGAUGGUUCCGAUUUCGAUCCGAGAGUGAACAAACAAAUAGCAUGGAUCUUAUGCCUGAUAUUACUCAAAGUAAUGUAACUUUUACAAACAUGAUGAGAAAUGAUAUAUCAAAUGAAUCAAAUAAGAUGAAUAUUGAAAAUGUAGAAACAACUUUACCUAAUGUGAAAACCAAUAAACGCAAGAAAUAUGUCGAUUUUACAAUGAAAACGGAUGUUAUCCAAAAUAAUAAUAUGGAGAUAUCUGAAAAUGAUUUGAAUGAAGUAGGCUCGAAACCAAAUAAGAUUAACAAAUUGGAGAAUCUUUCAAACCAAAUUCAUAAUAUUGAUAGUGAGUCUAGUGAAGAGGGUAUGAAAUCAAAUAAGCGAAAUAAACUCAUGAAUUUCGAACUAGAAACAAAUAAUAUUCCAAGCGUCAAUAAUUCGGUAUCUCCUGAUAAAGUCAAUAACUUGGAUAAAGUCAAUAACUUGGAUAAAGUCAAUAACUUGGAUAAAGUCAAUCAUUUGGAUAAAGUUAAUCAUUUGGAUAAAGUUAAUCAUUUGGAUAAAGUUAAUCAUUUGGAUAAAGUUAAUCAUUCGGAUAAAGUUAAUCAUUCGGAUAAAGUUAAUCAUUCGGAUAAAGUUAAUAAUUUGGAUAAAGUUAAUAAUUUGAAUGAAGUAAAUAAUCUGGAUAAAGUAAAUCAUUCGGUGUCUAUCGAUAUCAAUGCACGAGGAAAAACUAUUAGUAUCGAUAUAUCAACAAAGGAUCGCACUAACGGUUCUUCUUCGAGAUCAUUCACCAUAACACGUGCACAAGUUUACAAGGAACAGGAAGUGGUGCAAUCCGCACCGUCAAAAAAAACUGCAGAAGCUCAAUCAACGAGUAUUGGCGUGACAAAAAAGAAUGAAAUCAUUGACGCGUCACAUCAAGCGAAUAUGGAAUGGAAAGGAAGUCUCAUCAAAGGCAGCCUUGUGCAAUUUAUCGCCACUGUAGUUCUAAAGCCAUUGCCGGGUCAUUGUCCAGAUUCCUCGCUCUUACAAAAUUUACGAAUAGAACAUUGUAUUCGGCUAUCUGAUGCAAUGAAAAUUGUUACCCCAAACGCUCUUGGGUUUAUAACUGAGCCAGCCAACAUACUUAAAUCUAAGUAUAAUAUAAGAAGAGAAUACAUGUUUAUGAAAGAGAACAAUAUUGUUGGCGUUAUUUGGCUUAACAAAGAUAAACAACGUUGUCUUUUAGCUUUUGCGAUUUCCAACGACAUUUGUCGUUUUCUUCAACUCAAGGAAAAACCAAAUGUCCCAUUAAUUCUUCUUGAAAAAACUUUACUUUCCCAACCAACAUCUUCUGAAAAUUCUAAAUAUCAAAAAAUAUUUCCACGACAAAUAUUGGAUAAUAAGAUUGAUUUACAAAUGUGUGAAAUUUAUCUCAAUUUUAUGGAAUACUCUAAGCUUUUAGAAAUCUGUAAAAAUCCAGGUGCCAAAAUUUUACUUUUUGCCCCAGAUCCAAAGCAAGUAAGAGGUGAAGAUGGACAGGUAGCUAUAAAAGAAAAUUUAGAAGUAAUGGAGAUGAAACACGCUUUGAAUUGUUUGGGGGCUACUUGUGUAAAUACGUAUAGUGAUGAUAUUCAGUAUGUUUUGAUUCAUUAUCUUUUUGAAAAGCAAAUAUAUUGGAUUCCCAAUUUAAUAAAACUCAAACGACUUCCAACUUGUAAGUUUUUUGGGUUUGGAACAAAUCCACAUAAUAUUAAGUCUUGGAAUUUAGAAGAAUUUUUCAAACAAGGUGGUCUUGUAACAGCCACAGCACCGCUUUUCGUCAGAGGUGAAAACGUAAUAUUUCGCAUUCUUACAGUUAUGAACCAUCAAAAGCAACUUUAUAAGGACGCGUCCUGGGAAUUUUUAUUAAGCAAGAAUGUUCUUGAUGCAUUGGAUCGGUGCUGUAGACUGAGAAGCGUUAGUAGCCAUAACGCGCGUCUUGCAUACUACUCAAUAAUUGCGAAAAUUAAUAUGAAAAAGAUUCGAUAUUUUCACCCUGAUGAAAUGUUUAAACAUAACAUUUCGACAGAUUCACCUCCGUCGUUUCUAUUAAGCUUGCAUCGAACUAUGAUGAGGGUUCAUUCACAACAAUGGAAGAAAUAUCGACAUUUCAUUGUACUUUAUGACGAAAGUGAGGAUCUAAGUCAAGAUCUUCCAAUUGAAGGAGUUGAACUAAUGACACUUAGAGAAUUUGAAAAGGAUUUUGGUCUCUAA